AACUUUGACCAGGGCAGCCAUUUUCCGUAGAAGAAGAAGCCACAGCAGUAGCUGCUACUAGUUAGCAGCUAGCUAGCUAAAGUCUUGAAUUGUAUAAAUUGUUUAAUGAUAAAGUUGCUGCCAUUUCGCCUGUUUCAUACCUGUUCUGUGGUUUAUCUCUGAGUGCUGUGUGUGUGUUAUAAUUACAUACAGCGACACAGAAGCUGUUAGCUUUAGCUCGCCAUGGCCGGGAGCAGCAUCGCUCAGAAGACCUGGGAGCUGUCGAACAGCAUCCAAGAGGUGCAGAGCAUCGACGAGAUCUACAAAUAUGACAAAAAACAGCAGCAGGAAAUCCUCGCAGCCAAACCCUGGACAAAAGAUCAUCAUUACUUUAAAUACUGUAAGAUCUCCGCACUGGCCCUGUUGAAGAUGGUGAUGCAUGCACGCUCUGGCGGGAACCUGGAGGUGAUGGGGCUCAUGCUGGGGAAGGUGGAUGGAGAGACCAUGAUGAUCAUGGACAGCUUCGCUUUGCCUGUGGAAGGCACCGAGACCAGAGUGAAUGCCCAGGCUGCUGCUUAUGAGUACAUGGCUGCUUAUAUAGAGAAUGCCAAACAGGUGGGACGUUUGGAGAAUGCCAUCGGGUGGUACCACAGUCACCCCGGUUACGGCUGCUGGCUAUCGGGGAUCGACGUCAGCACUCAGAUGCUUAAUCAACAGUUCCAGGAGCCCUUUGUGGCAGUGGUGAUUGAUCCUACGCGGACCAUAUCCGCAGGGAAAGUCAAUCUUGGAGCUUUUAGAACAUAUCCAAAGGGCUACAAACCUCCAGAUGAGGGGCCUUCAGAGUACCAGACCAUACCUCUUAAUAAAAUUGAAGACUUUGGUGUGCACUGCAAACAGUACUAUGCACUAGAGGUGACUUACUUCAAGUCCUCUCUGGACCGCAAACUCCUCGAGCUCCUCUGGAAUAAAUACUGGGUUAACACACUGAGUUCAUCAAGUCUCCUCACUAAUGCAGACUACACGACGGGGCAGGUGUUCGAUCUGUCCGAGAAGCUGGAGCAGGCUGAGGCUCAGCUGGGUCGGGGAAGCUUUAUGCUCGGCUUGGACACCCACGACAGGAAGUCCGAGGACAAACUGGCCAAAGCCACACGAGACAGCUGCAAAACAACCAUUGAAGCAAUUCACGGCUUGAUGUCCCAAGUCAUCAAAGAUAAGCUCUUCAAUCAAGUGAACACAGCCGCCAAUUAAAAGUGACUCAGCCUUAAAUGUGUGUGAUGUGUAUGCUCAGUAAUGGAUUGACCGGCAUUCUGAUCUCAAUAUCUUCACUUGUUAAUAGUUGAAUAAAUAUUAUUAAUGUCAGA